UGUCAUGGUUCUUGGACUCAACUCUCGAUGAGGCGAAGCAAGAGGCCGAGUGUGAGUGCCAGUGUGGGUAUUUGCAGUAAUGUGGGAAGCAGUGACAGGUCCCCCACAGCAAGCACUGGGCACGAUAUACCCACUCUGCCCACCCUUACUACUGCUCUGCACAGUAUACCCUCAGUUCCUACCCUCACGAGCAGCGGGCACAGUAUACCCACCUUGCCCGCCCUGACGGCCAGUGGUGGGCACAAUUCCCAUGAUAUUACACGCUUCACCUUACAACACCUGCUGGUUACCAUGGAGAAUGGAUGUGUACAGCAAGAGUGUACACAGGUUCUGCCUGUACAAUCCGUCGCACAAUCUGCCCUCGACUUUCGCACAAGAAUGAAGCCAUUGACCCAACCCAAGAAGGUCGGUUAUUUAUAUUAA